AUGGCAGAUUUACCCCCUCCAACAGAUUCCCUUGUGAAUGGCCAUGUCGAAUCUGACUACUUCGUCAACACGAACAGGUGGUCUGAACCUCGAUUUAUCCAAGAUCCUUUUCUCAGAAUCCACGGUCUUGCACCUGGUCUCAAUUAUGAUAUGACUCCAGCCUAUCGCGAUCCUAAAGGACUGAUUCAAGUAUUUCGUCCUAAAGAGCAUGCGGCUCGCUUAUCGCUCUCUUGCUCUACGAUUGCAAUUCCGCCUAUUCCAGAGGACAUUUUUCUGCGUGGAGUCAAUCUCGCCGCCGUAAAGAACGCUGAAUAUGUUCCACCUCACAACACGGAUGCUGCGUUAUACAUACGGCCCCUUGUCUUCGGGUCAGAUGCAUUCUUCGCAGUCUCGGCUGGAACUGGAUACAAGUUCUGUAUCUAUGUACAGCCAUAUAAAGCCUAUCACGGUGUUCAUCCUCUCCCGGCAUUAAUCUUGGAGGAUUUUGACAGAGCGGCGCCCAAAGGGGUGGGUCAUGUGAAGGUCGGCGGCAACUAUGCACCUGUAUUGAAAUGGAGCGAUCAGGCUCGCGCUGAAGGCUUCUUUAUGACACUUCACCUUGACAGCCGUGAUAAUUCGGAGAUUGAUGAGUUUAGCACCUCCGCCUUUAUUGGCUUGAAACAGAACGGCAGUUCAUAUACCCUUGUCUCACCGAAUAGUCGCUCGAUCUUGAAGAGUGUCACUAGUACCAGCUGUAUAGAGCUCGCCAAAUCUUUUGGAUGGAACGUAGAGAUCCGCCCUGUCCCAUAUUCCGAGCUUCCUUAUUUCACAGAGGUUCUUGCUGCUGGGACUGCAGCUAUGAUACUGCCUGUCAAAUCAAUCACUCGCAGGUCAACCGGGAAUACUUUCGAAUUUGCAGUCAACGGGCCAGGCGAGGGUUGUAAAAAACUGUCCAAGGCGCUUUUAGACGUCCAGAAGGGCAUCGUGAAGUCCGAUCUAGGUUGGCUAUGGCAGGUCUCCCCCGUAUCCAACGCGGAAACCACUUGA